UCGGCGCGGUGUGCAAAUCGCAACGAUCGCAUUGGCAUCUGUCAAACGGGGCAGCCGGUUGUCAAACGUUAGAGAAUAUUAUAAAAUACAAGUGAUUCAAUUCGUUCCGGUCGCAAAAUUUGAAUCCAUUUCAAACUUUAAAUGCUAGUGCAAUGGAGAGUGAGGACGAUCAUGAUAAUCAACACUUUUUUUAUGAAGAUGAGGUCUUUAGAGUUUCGAAAGCAGGAAAGGUCAGCUUUGGAAUGGUUAUGGAGAAUUAUGAGGCCAAUUUGAGUGAACAGGACAGCGACUCUGACGAUAAUUCAACUUACGCGCCUAUUAAGAAAGGGGAGCUGAGGAUCUCCUGGCAUCCUUCGGGGAAGGAAGAAGUAGUCAAAGACGAGACUGUGGGGUUAGUAGAUAGGUCUCUUAUGCCUGGAGAUGUUGUGCGCAGAAUGAUUAAAGGCAAGGAUACCCAACGAGGCUACUGCCGUGAAAUAAGAGUUGACACUGCUAUUCAAAUCUGUGGUACUCCCUAUGUAAUAACCAAUGUGUCAUCUGAAAGACUUACAAGUAUAGAACAAUUUUCUACUGAUUUAGCAGUCUGUUUGGAUUCUUGGGUGGGUAGUACUCGUUUAGUCAAUAGCCGUAUGAUACUGACUUCUAUAGAUGGUUCAAAACUGAUGUGGGCUAGUUUAUAUUCAGCCCCAUUUGAGGAUUAUUAUACCAGCAAACUUCGUGCCUACGACGAUUCUACAAAGAUGUACUAUCCAGGACAAACAGUAAUAUGUUCAUUAAAAGCACUUGAUGCUGCUGAAUGGAUUACUUGUACCAAAGAAAUGAGUGCUUUGAGGAAGAAGAAACAUAAGGAACAUAAGUUUACAGUACAAUCAGUGACUAUGGAUUCAGUAAUAGUCAGAUGGCAAUGUAAAGCUUUGUCAUUUGAAAAUGAAGGUGGUCAUGAAGGAGCUCACACACAACCUAAGUCAGUCGUCGAAGGGGAAGACUUGAAACGCCUUAAAAUGCUUAAUUUAUUUGAACCUUGUACAGUAUCUAUAGGCGACAGAUAUUAUUUUGAACUUACUGAAGAAGAUGAAAUAAUUAACAUUGUGGAUUGGAGGAGAGCUCAAAAUCGCAAAUUUAAGGAAUUACAUAAAAUGAAGAAACUAGAUGAUGAGAAGGUCGACAAAAAAUCUUUAAACUUAGAACUUAAUUGUAUGACUGAGAAUUCUGAUACUAAAACGCAACCUAGCCUAUCAAAAUCAAAAGUAAAUACUAAAGUUUCAUUAAAAAAAGAGGAAAUUACAGAGCUUACAGAAACACCAAUAAAUAUUAAAAAAACGGAAUCAAAGGAUUGUAAUAAAAGUCGAGAAAAAGAGAUUGAAGCAGAGUGGUUAAGUGACACUUCUUGUGAUACUUCUUGCGAUACGGUUGCUUCUCAUUCCUCAAGUCAAAGUACUGACAGUAUGACACUUAAGAAAGCUCAAGUAUUGUCAACGAAAUUGUUCAAAAAUAGAAGAUUGAAACGAACAAGGCGCAAAACACCUAUUCCAAAACCCCCAAAACCUGGUGAUAGAAUUGUUGUAGACAUUAUUUCUACAAAAAGUGAAGCCGAUGUCGUAUGGCAAGAUGGAAGCAUAGAAAAUGACAUAAGUUCUGUGGAUCUGUACCCCAUACAUCAUCUAGAUGACCAGGAAUUCUUUCCUGGUGACUUUGUGAUUGCUGGUGCCGAGGGAUCUGAACCACCUUGCUCAAGAGAAUACGGUGUUAUUCAAAAUAUGGAUCACCAAGGCCGAACAGCCAUAGUUAAAUGGUUCAGAACAUACACCAGUACUCAGGAGCCCAGGCCAUUAUUUCUUUCCGAAAGUGAAGUCAGCGUUUAUGAUCUUAAGGAUCAUCCUGAUUUCCAAUACAGGCCUGCAACAAUAGUUAUAAGAGUAGCAAACUUUGUUGGAGAAGAUGCGACUUGCACUGCCGGACAGGUGAUCGACAAUUUCCCUGAAGGCAAAGUUAAAGUAUGGUGGGUAGAUGGUCAUUCUAGUAUGUGCUGGCCACAAGAUAUAUUCAAAAUUGGUGAAUACGACUCAGAUGAUGGCGAUUUCUGGGGUGAUAACGAGACCGAGGAUUCCUGGGAAACAAUGAGUGGAGACAGCUUAACUGUCUCUGGUUCUUCAAGCAGUGUUGUUCCUGCAAAGUUAGCUUGGCCUGAACUCAAACCGCGCCUAUCAGCCAAUGUGGAACGUGCCAGGACUGCAAUGGCUAGGUUAGAAGAGAUUUUCACUCAAAAUCCAUCUUUGCAAAGUCAGGAGGUUAUGAAAAAACUUCUCGAUGUAUAUAAAGAAUGUAGAUAUCUUGAUAGGUUGAUGGAUACAUCAUUUUUCCACGAAGAUAAUUUUGAGGGGUUAUUAGAGAGAGUACGGGAAAAGGGCACUCCGAGCGCCGCAAAACAAAUCAAAGAUCACUUAUCACGUUUGUUUAGUAACGAUAUCGGCGAUAAUUCGCAAGGCGAUUUAAAUUUGAGUGCUAGUAAUGAAGAAGUAUUAAUUGGCAGUACAGAUUUGGAAUCGAGCCCUUUGAGCUCAAAGACUGAAUCCAGACAUCGCUUAGAAUCGAAGAGUUCUAGCAAGACAAAUCUGCUCGCAAAGGACGAUUGGUUGAAAAGGCGUAGCAGUACGAAAAGUGUCGCUCGUACUAGUUCUAAUUCGGACAUUGCACAAAAGAAUUCCAAGGCUACUAUUAGCGAAAAUAACUCUAAGAACGAAAUGAACCGAACUGGUUCGAAAUGCGACAUACCUCCAGUGCCCAAUAAUAGCAUGAAUAAUGUGAAAAUCCAGGAUAUUGAUCUCAAAUCAUCUUUGGAUACUGUUAAAAUGGUCAUUGAAAAAAUAGAAUCCGAGGACAAUCAGAAGCAAGUUGAUGAUAUUUUGAAACGAAACCAAGAAGUGCCUCCAGUGACCAAGAAGCAAAAUACUACAGUAGAAGGGACAGUAGUUUUACACUCCACAUCACCUAAUGCAUUAGAUACAUCACAAACCAAAACCGAAGAUUCUGGCUUAUAUUCUCAUUCUGCGAGGGCAUCAAUGGGCAGUUCUGAGAGCUAUCAAAGUUCUACUGAAUAUUUAGUCAGUGAUAUUGUUGGUACUUUAGCAAAUCAAGUUUUAGAUUCAGUGGAAACACAUUUAGAGGGCAAAAUAAUGGAGCAUGUCGUCUCUACAGAGCAUACCCCUAGUAGAAAACACUCUCAAGAUGAGCACAAUUCAUUAAUUGUUUGUGCCAAACUCUGUUCAUUAAUAAAGAAACAACUGGUUGCGGCACAUGCUGAGAUUUUGAGACGGUUUGGGGUGUCAACGCCAUCAUUAACUGACAUUGUAACUGAAGGAAACAAUGAUGAGGACCCAGUACCGGAGCCAAAGAUGCUCAUCACUAAUGAAAUUCCUGGGACUCCAAUGUCUCCUACUUCAGUCUCAGAUGUAUCAUUUGGCAAAAUAGCAGAAGAUGCAGCUGAUCAAUUUGCAAUCUGUGAUACGGCUCCUUGCUCUCAUAAUUACUAUUUGACAAUGCUGCAGCCAACCAAUCCACAAGAAUUCUUUAAAACUGUUAGAAAGGAAUUGAAGCUUCUAAGAACUGGAUUGCCGCCAGGUGUCUGGGUCAAAAACUAUGAAGAUCGUUUAGAUUUAUUCUCAGUCCUCAUUCGUGGACCCAAUAAUACCCCUUACGAAGAUGGAUUAUUCUUAUUUGACUUCCAACUGCCAGCUGAGUAUCCACGAACACCGCCUUUAUGUCACUAUAUAAGUUAUUGCUCUGACAGAUUAAAUCCAAAUUUAUAUGAAGAUGGAAAAGUAUGUGUCUCAUUAUUGGGUACUUGGUCUGGAAAAGGUACUGAGGUCUGGGGAGCAUCAAGUACUUUGCUGCAAGUUUUUGUAUCGAUACAAGGGUUAAUUCUUGUACCUGAACCUUACUUUAAUGAAGCUGGAUAUGAGAAGCAGAAAGGUUCCCAAGCUGGUUGUGAAAAUUCACGAAUGUACAACGAGAUGGUAGUGCUGAAAUUAGUCCAGGCAACAACUAAAUUAAUCCGUUCACCGCCUGAAGUGUUUAGAGAAGAGAUCAUGAAACAUUUCAAGUUGAAGGCCCCUGCUCUUCUUAACCGCCUUGAGAACUGGUUGACUUUGUCAGAGGUGCACAAUGCGAAGUACCCAACUAGCCCGAUGACUCCAUCUACUUAUAGAAUUAAAGCAGCUGAGCAGGACUCCACUAUCCUUGAUUUAGUGCCUCCUGAUUUUCCGUUGAUACCUGCCAGUAGGGGUUUCUGCCUUUCCCUUAGAUCUGCAUUAGUUUCCUUUAAGGAAAUUCUAAAUGGACUCACAUAGUCUGGCUAAUUUGUUAUUUUUCUUUGCACCAAGGUGAAUUUACGAUUUUAAAUAAAUCAUAUGAAUAGCGUUAAUCCUGGUUUUGUAUUUUAUUGCUAUAUAAACAAGCUUAUGCUUCUUAUGCAACAACUUC